UGUAAAAUUGCGUAGAGUUGUUGGGCUUCCUCGUUGGAAGCCGCUUUUGUAUAUUUAGUUGGAAAGUUUUGAUCGAAGAAUAUUUUGGAAUCGUUGCCGCACUUUAUCCGUACCUUUUAUCAAUAUACCACACUUUAUUACCAUAUCACACUCAAACCGAACUUGAUCGUGUGGUUCGUCAUAUUAGUCGGCUCCGCCAAUAGAAAACCUAAAUCAUCUUAAGCCAUCUAAACAACGUUCCACGACCUAUCAAACGCCCCUUGGGCUGACAGCCGCCAGUGAGAUCUGGCCUGUAAUCGGUCAGCGUUCGGGUCUUGCUAAGACAGGUCACGCUCCUGCUGGGACCAAGGUCGCUGGUGUGUGGACGCAGCCUCUGCGAGCCCCCAGCCUGCGUUCACGAGAUCGCGUCAUGUCAUCGGAAGCCGGGACUACGCAAGAGCCGAGGGAUGAGGAGGCUCCCGUCCGCUUGCGCAACCCGCACGUGGCCGAGAUGAAGUCGGACAUUCUCUACCACCUGGCGCUGGGCUCUGGGUCGCACGACCUGCAGGCCAUGUUCGGUGACGUGAAGUUCGUCUGCAUGGGCGGCACUCCGCGGCGCAUGAAGCAGUUCGCGCACUUCAUCAUGGGCGAGAUCGGCUUCGAGCUGCCGACGGGUACCCAGUUGCUGGACAUCUCGCAGCUCUCCUACCGCUACUCCAUGUACAAAGUCGGCCCGGUCAUCUCGGUCAGCCACGGCAUGGGCAUCCCCAGCGUGGGCAUCCUGCUGCACGAGAUGAUCAAGCUGAUGUACCACGCCAAGGCCAAAAACCCCACCUUCUUCCGGCUGGGCACGUGCGGCGGCAUCGGCAUCGAGGGCGGCAACCUGGUCAUCACGGAGAGCGCCGUGGACGGCAUGAUGAGGCCCUUCCUCGAGCAGCCGGUGCUCGGCGAGCUUCAGCAGCGGGAGGGCAUCUUGGACAAGGAGCUGGCGGACGAGCUGAAGACCCUCUCUAAACCCGAUGACCCCUGGAGCACGCACGUCGGCCGCACCAUGUGCACGACAGACUUCUAUGAGGGUCAGGGUCGGCUAGACGGAGCAUUUUGUGAUUACACGGAACGGGACAAACUGGACUUCCUCGAGAACAUCCACAAACAGGGCAUCUUGAACAUGGAGAUGGAGUCGCUCAUGUUCGCCGCGCUGUGUCAUCACGCUGGUAUCAGAGCCGGCGUCAUCUGCGUCACGCUGUUGGACAGGCUGAAGGGAGACCAGGUCUCGGCCGACAAGAAGACUCUGAACGAGUGGCAAGAAUACCCGCAGCGCCUGGUGGCACGCUACAUACGGCGCCGCAUGAAGGAGGCGUCCCCGUCACUCACGCAGUCUGUCCACCACCCGCUCAGUCCCGGCGAGUCGGGUGUAAUCCGCUCCAUCUCCCAACUGAAUCUCACUCGGCAGACAUCCGAGCAGGUCAACAGCUGCGAGUGAGCGAGGCCGCCACCCGUGCGGGAGAUGGCGCUGGCGGUCAAAGUAUAGGUGGCAGCCGUGAAGCCCUUCACGACAGUUGGCCGAGGUGAAUCAGUUUGUGAAUAUAUUUGUGUGUACUUACACCAGUUUGGCAUUUUUAGGCUGUGUUGUGCGUGUCAAUAUGGGUUUUCGUGGCCGAAGAAGGUUUGCGAGCUAGGAGUGUUGGAACCCUGCUAGCAGUAAGCCAAUCCAAAGGGCAAUGUAGCAUUCCACGUGCGAUGCACCAGAGGGUUUGGCUUUGCGGCUCGCUCUGAGUUGGUUUUAUGGAGCCGAGUGUUAUAUCUGUCUGUCCCGGUGACUUGCUGAGGCCUACAUUUGAACGCGAAUUUUCCAGGAAAACAUGCUGGUUGCUGGAAUGGAAGAUGCGUCUUACAGAAUAUGUAAUAAAACGCACCGGUGCACCUGUUGCAACAAGUGUACAAGGCGUGGAUUUAGCCCAGAGCCAGAGUAAUCGUGGAGUUCAUGGAACGGUGUUAUUCGUGUGUAGUAAUCCGUCAAAAUACACCUGAGUCGUCUGA